AUGUCGGACACCGAGAGUCUUGACUAUUUGCAAACGGGCUUCGAUCCCUCCAGCCUGACGGUCCCUCGACUCCGAUCUAUCCUAGUCUAUCACGAUAUCGAUUAUCCCUCCUCUGCGAAGAAAGCUCAGCUCAUUCAGAUUUUCGUCGAUAAGGUUCUUCCUCAGUCUCGCAAAAUCCUAGCCGCGAGAGCCCGCGCUAGGAGGACAAGCAAAGGUAUCACCAAUGCGGAUUCACGAGAUAGCACGGUGGAUGACGAUGAAGACAUAAUGCCGCCACCACCUACACCUCGGACGAGGACGCGGAAGCCAUCGGCCAGACUCAAAGCGGAAGAAAGCGAGUCUGAUGCGCCAGUCAUGAGGACUCCUGCAAAACGGGCUGUCAGAGCAAGCACCAAGCAUGUCCGGACCUCAGACACUGAGGCUGGCAUGGAUCCUGAGGCAGCAAACAAACGUGGAAGGAAGAUGCCGAGGAGUGAAACUCGAACUCCAACUCCAACCCUUCCAACGCCCAGAAUAAAAUCCGAGUAUAUGGACGACGGCGCAGGCGUAUCGCGACGAGAGAGUGCUUUUACAUACGACAACCCAUUCCAGAGUGGUAGUUCUCCCCCGACCGAUAGGAGGGCUCCAAGUGGGGAGCGGAGAAGGAAGAGCAGUGGCGUUAUCUCCAGUGCUAGAAAGAGCAGCACUGCUACUAGGCGUCGAACGGAUGUGCCAAAGGUCGACGAUGGGAUCCAUCCGCCAACUUCCGCCACCUUUGAAAUCCCGGUCAACGAGCUUCAUGGCCUGAAGGAUAUCGACGAUAACGGAAUUGAAGUCACCGAGGAGUUCACCCCAGAAGCGCAGCUAGAACUGAUGCAAGAGCGGGCUGCCCAAGGAGUCGAUGACCUAGGGCCUCCAAGACCCAAGAAGCAACAGGCACGAAGUUUCAAUAAAAGUGUGCCGAUAUGGCUAGGGCUCCUAACAAUAUUUUGUGGAUAUGCCACCUGGUAUAGACAAGAAAAGGUCGCUGUUGGCUAUUGUGGUGUUGGUAGACACCAUCCUCAGGUUUUCCCUGAAGGCGUUGAGGUUCCUGACUGGAUCCGGAUUCUUGCCGAGCCAGAGUGCGAGCCUUGUCCGCAACAUGCAUAUUGUUCCGAAAAUUUCGAAACACAUUGUGAGGCUGAUUUUGUUCUCAAACCCCAUCCUCUGUCCCUGGGAGGGAUAAUCCCCUUCACACCGACUUGUGAACCAGAUGGGGAGAAAGUGCGCAGGGUUAAGGCAGUAGCCGAUCGCGCAGUUGAGGAACUGAGAGAACGUAGAGCGAAAUGGGAGUGCGGCGAUUUGACCGAUCAGUCUGGACUCCCAGAGCCUACUGUCGAGAUCGAUGCUGUGGAGUUGAAGAAAGAGGUUAGCAAGAAGCGGAGAAAGGGCAUGGGUGAGGCAGAAUUCGAGGAUCUGUGGGCUCAUGCCAUUGGGGAAAUUGAAGGAAGAGACGAGGUUGUGAGCCAUGUUGACGGAGCCCGAACACUCCUCACUAGCUCCUCCCUCGCCCGCCUCCCCCUCUCCUGCUCGAUCCGACGAUCCUUCCGACUCGCGCUGGCAAGACAUCGACUCCAAAUUGCUACUGUAAUCCUAGCCUUGUUCUCCAUUCUUUACGUUCGCCACUUUAUUCGGUCCCGUGCUGCUGAAAAUGCUUUGGUGCCUCAGCUAGUAUCGCUGACCCUAGAUCGGCUAGCCACCCAGGCUACCCUCCAUGCUCAAGACAGAGAGACUUUCCCUGAGAGCUGGAUCAGCAUUGGGCAGUUAAGAGACGAUGUUCUCAGAGACCAGCAUAGCCUUUGGAAAAGAGAAGCAUUGUGGAACAAGGUUAAGAAAGUAGUCGAGAUGAAUGCGAACGUGCGUGCAGCUCAGCGUGAGAGUCGAAGCGGCGAGAUCAGCAGGGUUUGGGAAUGGAUUGGAACCAUUGGUGGAUUAGAAAGCGGCGAGAAGAGGAGAAAGAGUGGCAGGGUCAGCUGGGGCGUGUAUGAUUCUCUCAGUAGCCCUGUUAGCGGGAGCGAUGGUGGACCGGAGGUGGCUCAGACAAGGUGGGAGGAGGGACGGCCGAUUUACUGA